AUGGAGGCCCUCGACAACUACCUUAUCGCACACUACGACGGCCAUGCGGUGCAGAAGUGGCUGGCGAACAACGUGGACAUUGGUGUGUACAUUGCUGCCGCCUACCUGACCUUCGUCUUCAAGGGCCCGCUGCUGGUGGACUUUAUCUUCCGCGGCAACCCACCGACAAGACUGAUCAAGAUGUGCUGGACCCUGUGGAACAUCGGUCUCGCUGUCUUCUCCAUGUACGGAGUGUACCACAUUGUUCCCCUCUUCAUCAAAAACCUUCACCAGUACGGGCAGAAGGACGCGCUGUGCCGCUUCCGCGAAGAUGAGUUCUACACCGGCAAGAACGGCGUUGCCAUGGGGCUCUUCUCCCUUUCGAAGCUGCCCGAGUUCGGCGACACCUUCUUCCUGAUCAUGGGCGGCAAGCGCAAGCUCCCGUUCCUCUCCUGGUUCCACCACGUCACCAUCUUCCUCUACGCGUGGAUGGCGUACCAGCAGGCCUCCAGCAUCUGGAUCGUGCUGGCCUCCAUCAACUACUUUGUGCACUCCAUCAUGUACACGUACUUCGCCCUCGCCGAGGCCGGCUUCAAAAAGCUGGUGAAGCCGUUCGCCAUGUACAUCACGCUGCUCCAGAUCACGCAGAUGGUGGUGGGUCUCUACUUUACGUUCUCCUUUAUAAGCUACCACAAGGCAGACCCAAAGGUCUGCAACGGCUCCACGAUGGCGCUCGCGCGCGGCCAGUGCAUGAUCUACUUCUUCAACCUCUACCUCUUCUCAGAGAUGUUCAUCAAGGGCUAUGUGCUGCCGCGUAGGGCGGCGGCUGGCGAGUCCGCACCUGCAACCGCCCCCGCUGGUAAGAAGCGCGACUGA